GGAUUCCCCGUGACGCAGCGCUGAUCGCUCUUCGCCAUUUUGGUAAUUGGCCGCGUACUCUACAAACUCUUCUUUCUAAUCUAUUCCAAACUCUGACAGUUCACUGGUGGUCAUUGUUAUCAUCAUCAUGGAGACAUCCAAAUGCUGAGAUGUUGAUCAAGUGUUCAGAAUCAGUCGUUAACUUAAACAACAAGAUCUACUGGCAUGACUGGUAAUCUAAUCGAGUUCUGAAUUGGACAUCUUUCGCCAAGUUCAUCACGAAUCACGUCAGGUUGAUGUUGGCCUACGACUGGGCCUGGGAAGAAUGAUCAGAUAAUACUGCAGCUGCAGGUCAUGCAGAAUUUGUGUGGGUAGACCUAUUGAAUGAGAAUGGAAAUGGAAAAGAAAGAUAGAAGUUCUGUCACCGAAGAAGAAUUUUUGAGAUUGGCCCAGCUCAUCCCACCGAGGUACUAUUCAGAUUUAGGGAUACAUUUGGGAAUCUCAUCUGCUGAACUUGAUCAUAUCAUUGUCCAACAUUCAUCGAAUUACAAGGAUGCAUUGAUGACAAUGUUCACACGGUGGAGAGAUGAACAACAUCCAGAUGAAGAUAUCAGAGCUCUUCUUGCAGAAGGAUUAGAAAAGAGUGACUUAGGGGGAUUGUCCAAAGAACUUCUAGCUGGGAAUCUAAUCCAGAAAACAACAGAUGUCAGACAAACAACUGCAACAACUUCAAGAGCAUCAACUUCAACAGGAGCAGUAGACAUGUCAGCAUUACCACAUACCGUCAGUGAGAAAGAACUUUUGAUGUUGUCAAUGGAAAUUGGACCUACUUACUACAAGAGGAUUGGCGUUAACCUGAAUAUCUCGUUUGUGACUCUUGAUAAAAUAAAGAAAGACACACAAGAUACUACUGAUGCAUUGAUGACAGUAUUCACAAGAUGGAGGGAUAAACAGCUUCCAGACACAAACAUCAGGGCUCAUCUUGCAGAGGCUUUACAAGAGAGUGGUCUAGUGUCGCUGUCUCAGAAACUGAUUCCUAUAGAUCUAUUAGGGACAGGUGCAUCAAUGCCAGCAUCACAGACCCAACCACUCACUCCUGACCUGGUUGAAAGAUGUAGAAAGGAGCUUCAAUCCCAUUACAGAAGAUAUUUCUGUAAGAUUAGAGCUGAUAGUCUUAAUCCACGUUCCCUUUUGCCAUGUGAAGACAUAUAUACACACCUUGUUUUGGAAGAAAAAGAUUAUCGCAAUAAGAAGCGAUCACUCGAAUAUAAGGACCUCUUCAAACUUGAAAUUAAUGGAGAGUUUCCAAAUCGGAUCAUCAUUCAGGGAGAUGCAGGGGCUGGAAAGACGACACUCUGCGCAAAGAUUGCAUGGGACUGGAUAAACGAUAGUCCUGAUGUUCCUAAGUUUGUAUGGGUACUUGUAAUCCCUCUUCGUGAAGUCAAGCGAUACACAAUUGGUCAGAUAGUCAAGUCUUAUCUCUCAAAGGAUAACCCAGCAACAGCCUGUCAGAUCACCGAGUACAUCCGUUCAAAUCCAGAAAAGGUAUUCAUUGCCUGUGAUGGUUUAGAUGAGUUUAGUGGCAAGGUUGUACAGCACUCUGAAACCAAACAAGAAUUAGCAGGUGCUCAGCCAGAAUCUAAUGAUCAACCAGAUUCAAGACCAAAAUCAAAGCGACGAAAGUUAAUGGGGCAUAUGUCCUCAGGUACACCAAUUGCCCCAUUGAUGCCAAGAGGCAGCAUCUCAGAUGCAAGUGAAAGCACUACUGAAGAAGAUGAUAUCUCUCUAGUACAUAUCCUUCGUUCAGAUGAACUUAGCAAUUGCCCAGUGAUGGUGACCAGUCGUCCAUGGAAGGCCAAUGAGAUAAAGUGGGAUCUCAAUCUAAUGAAACUGUAUGCUUUCAUUCAUGUGGAAGGCUUUAGUAAGAAGAAUGUGGAGGUUUACAUUCACAAGUACUUUAAAGACAAUACAGUCACAGCAGAUCAGCUUAUUCAAAUGAUCAAAGAGAAUGAUAUCAUAUCAGAGUAUAUGGCACCCUAUCCUAUCUAUAUAUCUAUGCUCUGUCUUAUGUGGAGAGGACUUGAUGACAAAAAGAAAGAAUUGUUUAAAACCAUUCGAACAUUCUCUCAAUUAUUUCAUGAGAUGUUUGAAUUCUUAAACGUGCAUUAUGUCCAAAAAGAGAUCCAAGAUCUAAGGAGUCCAUCAUUUAAUGACCAUCGCUCUAAAAUUGAAAAACUCAUGGAACCCGUUGCCAAAUUGGCAUUUGCUGGACUGCAAUCGAACAACCUUAUUUUCAAUGAAGAAGAUCUUGAACAGUACUCAGACUCUGUGGAAACAGCAUGCAAAGUAGGGGUGUUGUCACAGGAGAAUAAGCUCUCAUCCAUUCAUGAUAAGAGCAGACCGUUCCUGCAGUCAACAUUCUUCUUUCCUCAUAAACUAUUCCAGGAGUACAUGGCUGCAGUCUAUCUUGCUUCUCUCUAUGAUUCAGAUCGCAAUGAAUUUAAGAGGCUGAUUGAGGAAGUAGUGAUCCCUAGGAAGGAAGAGUUUAGGUAUCUCCUGUACUUCACUGUGUCUCAGAACAAAAACAUUGCCAAGUAUACCACAAAAUGUCUGUUACAAGAGUACACCCAAAGCCAAGAAGAUGAUGAGAAGGAGAAGAAGAUGAAUUUCUUGGUUGAUGUAGCUUUUGAGAGUCAGGAUGAAGAUACCAACGCCAUGCUUCGGAAUUCAGUAUCAUCUCUGUCUAUUAGUGUUGAAGACACACACACUAUAGCUGGUUAUGCAUUCACUGAGAUAUAUUCAAAGGCGAUCAAUAUGAGUGUUGGUGUUAUUGGACCUCCAUGUAGCUACGGACCAGGUAUAUCAAAUGAGGUUGCAGUGAUGAUAUGCUCAGCACCAUCACUAAGGGAUGUUAAACUGAAGGCAAGCUUUCACCCUACCUUCUAUGAAACUCUUGCCAGAGAAGGAAGGACAGCCAGAGUCCAUACUCUUGAGAUUGGGAAUUAUAAGCCUCUAUCAUCAGCCUCUUCACAUCACCUUGUAGAAGGUUUAUGCUCCCUACCUAACCUGACUAACCUGAAACUAAAUAGAGUUUGUGACCAGGAGGAGUUCUGUUCUCAUCUGAAUGAGAAGGCUUCAAACUUGAAGGUCCAUACUCUUCAGAUUGUGAAUAAUAAGCCUCUAUCAUCAGCCUCUUCACAUCACCUAGCACAAGCGUUAUGCUCCCUACCUAACCUGACUAACCUGGAACUAUAUGGAGUUUUUGACCAGGAGUUCUAUUCUCAUCUGAAUGAGAAGGCUUCAACCUUGAAGGUCCAUACUCUUGAGAUUGAGAAUAAUAAGCCUCUAUCAUCAGCCUCUUCACAUCACCUAGUAGGAGCUUUAUGCUCCCUACCUAACCUGACUAACCUGAUACUACGAGGAGUUUGUGACCAGGAGUUCUAUUCUCAUCUGAAUGAGAAGGCUUCAACCUUGAAGGGUUCAUUCCCUCAGAUCAGCAAAGGAAAUUUCAUGUUCAAUGAAAAGCCUCAGAAGGAUCUUCAAUCAUUCUUACAAGCAGUCAGUGACUUGAUAAGACGAAAUUGAAACUUCUUCUGAGUCUUCCUCAGACGAAUAUUUUGAUGCAUGAUGUGACUCUGCAACAAUUACAGUCAGGAUCUAUACAAUGGCAAUCCACAACCAUCUAAUUGAUCUCCAUGACGCGGUCAUAUCCUACAAUGGUUUGUUUCAGAGCUGUGAUAUGUAUGAACCUAUUUCAUUUUUAAUUCUUUGAAUAUUAUUAUGAUGUGAAACCAAUUUUCACCAGAGGCAAAUAUGAAUCAUAAUUUUAAUCCAAAAAUGACUGAUGAGCUCUUUUCAUCUGACUUUUAAAGUGAUAUUUAAGCAUCAGAAAUAGGCCUGGGACGAAUGUCAAUUUUACCAUUUGAUUAGUUCCUAAAAAAACAAUUGAAUCAUUCAAUCAAUCGAUGUUUACUCCCAGGCCUAUUUAGAAGUAUCACAACUAAUGAUUUCGUGCAAUUCAGGUUAAGAGAAUUAAAUAUACAUGUAGGCCUAAAGAUUAUGCCAGCGUCACUUGGGUGAUUUUAACAUGAAUUUACCCUUUUUAUGAUUUCAUAAAUAUCAAUUUAAAGUAUUUUGACCAUGGUAUUCCAUAUUUUCACAUUAUUCUGAACCAAAAUCAAUGUUUAAUCUGUCAAUGCAUUAUCACGGUAAACUCUUCUAACAAUGCUUUAUACAACCUGGAAUUCUGUUAUUACCUUCAAUUCUUUUAUCUUUAUCAUACAGAAGAAAGUCACUCCUUUAAUUCUAUUUUUUAACCACAGUGAAAAUCGUAGGAAUUACAAUUCAUAAUGAUUUAAAGUGAAAUGCUCGUUUAACCGAACUAAUGAAAAAAAGCAAUAAAAAGUUAUUCAUGUUAAGAAGAUUGAAAGCUUACAAUGAACCUGAAUGUGAUUUGUUAACAGUAUAUAUAGGGUAUGUAAGACCAGUCCUAGAGUAUUGUGUACCUAUAUUCGCUGCUUCUCUUACUUUGAAACAGAUAAAAGUUACUGAAACUGUCCAGAAAAGAUCAUGCAAGAUAAUAUUGGGAACCAAGUAUCUAUCAUAUAUAUGACAUUGUUUCAAAUACCUCACAUUUGACAU